CAGCAAGGGAAGAGGUGACAGAGGGCGGCGCGGGGCGGGGCGCUGCAGGCCUCGCGUCCACCUGCCCGGCCGCUCGCACUCGUGUGGGUCGGCGGGGCCUGCGCGGGCCCAGGCCCAUGGCGGCGUCCGCGGCUCUGUCGGCGGCGGCGGCGGCGGCGGCCCUGUCAGGCCUGGCGCUGCGGCUGUCGCGCUCGGCGGCGGCCCGCGGCUCGUACGGCGCCUUCUGCAAGGGGCUCACGCGCACCCUGAUCACCUUCUUCGACCUGGCCUGGCGGCUGCGCAUGAACUUCCCCUACUUCUACGUGGUGGCCUCGGUGAUGCUCAACGUCCGCCUGCAGGUGCGGAUCGAGUGAGCGCACGCCGCCGCAGCCCCGGCCAGAGGGACCGGCGCGCGCGGCCCAGACGGACAGGGGCGCCGGCAUGGAGGACGGCCGCCGGCACGCGGCGGGGGCAGGAGGCGGGGCGGCCGGGGCCCCCGGACCCUAGACCUCCGCGGGAGGACGCGGGCCACCGAGCCACCCCGCCGGGCCGCGGCCGCGACCCGCCCACACGCGUCGCGGCCGGUGACCCAUUGCACAGAAACUCACCAGACGGGUCCUUUCCGUCGGGCUCGAGAAAGAAAACACCAUUUGACUGCGGCCGACCCGUCGCCUCACGUUGGCCGGGGUGGGGGAAGCAGAAAGGAAAAAUUCUGCAGCAGGGACUUGACUGGCCCUGACCAACAAGGAACCAGUGUUUGUAGGUGGUGACCCGCCCCUUCUCUGGCCUUGUCAAGAGACUCAAAUCCCUGCCCAGGGGCGCCCCUGGCCCUAGAGCUGCCCCGGGGAGCUGCUGGGCAAAGGGCCUGGCCCAGGAGGACAGGAAGGGCCUUCCAGGCAGAGGCACGGAGGGGUGGGGUACCCAGCGGUCCAGUUCUGGCGUGGGGAAGGAUGAGACCCUGUCACCUCCACACUAGACCUCCUAGCAACACUUUGAGGGCGUUCUGUUCUCCCCACCCCAUGACUGGAAAAGCGGGCUCUGAGACGGGAAGAGAUUUGCCCUUGUCACACACAUAAGAAGUGGUGGGGCUGAAUCUGUCCCCUGUCUUCCAGAAAACCUGGCAGGACAGGUUGGGGUGGGGGAGGGGACCUCAAGGCCCUCGGGGCACCUAGGGGAAGAGAGAGGCCCAGGGUAGGGAGUGUGGAGAACUGGCUUUCCUUGGGGGGCGGGGGGUGGCAGGUCACAGGGAAGACAGUCGGGGCUGAGAUGGACACGGGAGACAGUCCCAGAACCCCUUGUGGAGCCGAGGCCUUCAUCUACACAGCCUGGCCUCCCCUGCCGCCCCACCCCAGGCGUGACCAAGGACUCCUCAGCAGUCGAGCGGCAGAAGCCUCUCAGUCUGGGUGGCAGAGUGGGGGUGGGGGGUAGCGUGGCUCCUGGGAACGUGAUGGAACCAGGAGGGUGAAGGGAUAAAGCUGGUGUGGGGGACGGGGCCGGGACCCACGCAUAACCCCAUCUCUCU